AUGUCAAAUACAACAAAUUUCUCAUAUUUGAAUAUCAAUCAAACAUAUGAAAUUAUUGAAAUUAUAGAUUCAUAUAUGAUUGUUAUACUUUAUAUUAUUGGUAUGAUUGGAGCAAUUUUGAAUAUAAUAACACUUCGUCAAAAAGAAAUUCGAUGUCAUCCAUGUUCAGUUUAUUUUUUAUUUUCAUCAAUUGUUGAUUUUUGUAUAAUGAAUAUCAAUAUUUUAUUAGAAAUUAUAAUUAUAUUCAAUCCAUUUAUAUUUAAUCUUAUCUAUUCAACACUAUUUUGGUGUAAAAUUGGUAAUUAUAUAACAUUUAUAUUACCUUGUUUAUCAUCAAGUUAUAUUAUAUUUGCAUCAAUCGAUCGAUAUUUAGUUAGUUCAUUAAAUCAAGCAGUACGCAAGUGGAGUAAUUUAAAAAUAACUCGAAUUGUAAUUAUUGUAACACCUAUAAUUUGGGCAUUACUUGGAUUAUAUAUUCCAAUUACAAAUAAUCUUGUAUCAGAUCCUAGAAUAACUAAUACACAAUGUAUCGCUCAAACUAAUUCAGCCGUAAUCUUUAGUAUUAUUGGUGAAUUUAUUUUUAUAUUAUUUAAUGGAGCAAUAGCUCCAUUACUUUUAUGUAUAUUUGGUUUAUUAAUACUUUAUGAUAAGAAAAAAAGUCGACAACGAGUUCUUGCUCAACAACAGAAUAGAAAUAAUUUUAAUAGAAUAUCAAAUGUUGCUAAUCGACAAAAUAAACAUAUGAUAACAAUGUUAUUAGUACAAGUAUCUCUUACAAUUAUUUUUAAUAUACCAAAUAUAGUUAUUUAUAUGAUAAAUUAUUUCAAUAUGAAAUCAUACUGUCUAAUGCCUUUAUUAAUUUUGAUUAUUUUCAAUACUAUUGGAAGAUGGUUUCAUUAUAUGAAUUAUUGCAAAACAUUUUAUAUAAAUACAUUAACAAGUAGUCUCUUUCGUAAAAGUCUUCGUAAACAAUAUCAACAUAUUAAACAUCAUCGUAUAAUAAUUACCAUUACAACAAUAUUUCCCAUUAACAGAAACAUUGGUUAG